AUGAGCCGACAAAGCCCACUAUGGCCGUCUAGCGACCCGUCUUCCUGUGAUUGGGAUGAAUACGGUAGACGCAAAUCGACAUUCGAGCCCAGUAACCCAGCCAUGCCAGAGAUGGCCACAGAUAUCACCUCGUUGCUCUCAGCGCAGUCUUAUCUUCUGCCGGAACCCUCUUGGGCACAAAAUUCUCAAAGCAGUACACCAUCACCGGGUGACAGCGGCUUCGUCCUGGAGCUCGAAUCUGCAAAUUAUCGGAAUCCCCCAAACCAGCCUGAUCCCUCCAAGCUGAAAACACCACGAGUACAGAGACGCCAGCAACGCGGGCGCCAGAAGGUCGCGUCGGUAAAGGGCCAAGAAGGAGACGAUCAUCACGAAAACCCCACAGAGCGUCGUCGCAUACAAACUCGCAUGGCCCAACGUGCAUAUCGUUCACGACAACAAGCUUUGACCGACGGUCUCAAGAGCCGUAUCUCCGAGUUAGAAUCUUCACUAGAUAAGAUGAGCUCUGCUAUGCUGUCUUUCAGUGAACAGCUGGUCCAAAGUGGCGUGCUUCGGUCACAGCCCGCAUUGACAGCGAAUAUGCGCGACGCGAUGAAAAUCUUUUUGACUACGGCAUCGGACGCGAGCCUGGGCGACGAGUCAAGCUUUCCGGUCAAUUCAACGCAGACAGAUGACAAAAUCCUUGCCUCACAACCACUGCCAGCGACCAUCCAUUCGUCAGCUCACAUUGGUCUCCGUCAGUCUCUUGGUUUGCCUCUGAAUGGCACUCAAUCACAUCAAUACGACACGAUAGUCCUGCCCCAGACGGUCAAUCCAUUGGGCACAUCCCUGAUAGAGGUUUCCAAAUUCACGCAGAGACUCCACGAAGCCGCUCUCUACCAGGGCUAUAUCGCUUUGUCCACUCCUUCUAUCAGCUUGGGUCAACUCCAAUGGUCCUUUGGGUUCAAUCUCAGUAUGAUGAGUCGCGAGCGUCUGACGUCAUUCUUCAAAGCGGAGCUCUACGCACAAGUAAGCAAAAGGCCGCUCAACGGAUGGGAGGAGGUGCCUUUCUUCAGGUUGGGGGGUGCGGGAACUCAUUAUCCCCUUGAGAGCAAUGAGUCAUUCCUCCGCCCUUAUCAGAAAUGGGGCACUGUGGAGGACCCGUUGCCUUUGGUCACGGCAGAUCUUCGUGCUCAGCUUCAGGGAGAUUGGUUUGAUUUGUACGACCUGGAGGGUUAUAUCCGAGAAAAGAAUGUGCUUUUAGUCGUGUCGGCUGGCGAGCCAGUCAAAUUCUCGGAGGUGCAGAUAACUGUUCAUGCGCAACGGUUUAUGACGACCUUGAUCAGCAGGGGCGUCUGCCUGGGUCGGACACCGGGAUUUCAACGCGAGGAUGUAGAGCGGGCCCUGCUCUUGUCGGCAGUCAAAUGA